AUGAAUUACCAGGAAAUUGGAAACCACACCAAGGUGACUGAAUUCAUUCUUGUAGGACUGUCUGAACAUCCCACCUCCCAGAGUGUUCUCUUCUGGACACUGAUGUUUCUCUACAUGGUUACUUUAGCAGGAAACAGUGUGAUCCUUUUCCUGGUAGGAGCUAAUUCACAGCUCCACACCCCAAUGUAUUUCUUCCUUGGUAACUUAUCUUUACUGGAUCUCCUGUUUUCCACUAGUGCUGUCCCUCUGAUCAUGGUGAACGCACUGCAAAACUUCCCCACCAUCUCCUACGGCUCCUGCUUUACCCAACUUGCCAUUCGAGCCUUCUUGGCACUGGCUGAGUGUUUCCUUCUCGCCAUUAUGGCAUAUGACAGAUUUGUGGCUAUCUCAAACCCGCUCAGGUACAGCCUGAUCAUGUCUUCUCGAGCAUGCAUUUCGAUGGCCCUCGCUGCCUGGCUGACAGCCUUCCUGCUCACUCUUAUACCCAUUCUGCUCUUGCCAAUCAGCUUCUGUGGGCAUAAUGAAAUCAAUCACUUUUCUUGUGAAGUCCAAGCCAUCUUUAAAUUGCUCUGUUCUGACACCAUUUUACUCGAGGUUAUGAUGAUGGCUGUCUUACGAAUCCAUCCAGUUGAAGCAAGGCUUAAAGCCUUUUCUACAUGUGGCUCACACCUGGUAGUGGUCACCAUCUACUUUGGGACCCUAAUAUAUAUUUAUGUGAGACCCCAGAACAAAAUAUCUCAGGAUGGGGAUAAAAUUGUCUCUAUAUUUUAUGCAGCAGUGACCCCAAUGCUUAAUCCUCUCAUCUACACGCUGAGAAACAAGGAUGUGAAAACUGCCAUAAGGAAAGUGACCAUCAGGGACCAGGACACGUGCCCCGCCCCGGCGCCAAGCCCCGCCCCGCAAGACCGGGUCACGUGCCCCCUCACGCGCACGCGCACAGGCAGAGAGGCCUUGGCACAGGCGUGCCGGGCUCUCUUGGGGCGCGGGGCGGGGCGGUGCUUGGCGCCGGGGCGGGGCUUGGUGCGGCGCCCGGGCCCCGUCAUCCUCUUUGUCGCUGAGCCGCGGGCGGUGGUGGACGUCAGCUCAGACCCUCGUGCCCAGGCUAGGCCCGAAGCGCAGCAAGCCGCCAUGCAGGCCGCAGAUGGAGGCCCCGGGGGCGCAGGCGCGGAGGACCCCGCCCGCCUGGAGCCCCAGGGCAGCCCCGAGGAGCAGGGUGGGCACACCGCGCCCCGUGGCGGCAGCGAUGGUGACGGCGCCCAGGGAGCCGGGAGCGGCCCAGGGGCCCCCGCUCCUCAGGGCCAGCCGAUCCCCGGGCCUGCAGGGGCAGCGAGACCACUGUUCAAGUUGUAUCCUCCCCAGAGAGAGCGCCCCGACACCCCCAUCGCGCAGGACGGUGGGGGAGGGGCACAAGCCCACCUGGGGUGGCUGCUGUGGGGGGAGGGCGGCCUGGGGGGCUCCCUGACCGUGCCUUUCCACUCGCCCCUGGAGGUGGAGAUGGCCGGCAGGGCCCUGGCCCCCAUCGUGCAGAACCACCAGGGAGUCAUCAAGAGCUCGUACUCUCUGAAGGGCAGCACCCUGGCUCUGUACGUGCUGAACGGGUGGACUGCUGAAAACCCGGUGCUCUUGCAAGCUUCCAUCAACCACCUCUUCCGCUACCUUUACGUGGUGAUUCGGAACAUCGAGAGCUUGAGGCCCCACUUGCCGCAGAACCGCCAGAGGCCUGAGGCCUAA